GUGUUUGACAUAUGCGUAACCUCAAACCGAGAGCAUUUUUGUGAUGUGUGAUCCACUUCUGUUUCGGAAAAAUAAUAUUUCCAUCAAUGUCGCUUUCAAAAAGCCGAAAAGAAACAUAGUGCAGCGCAGGGUAUUUACUGAAAACGAGGAUGACGAUGACGAAUCCAUGGACUUUCAGGAGACGGUGCAACCUGAAAGGAAACCUAAGAAAAAAGAGAAAGACAAAGAUAAAUCCAAGCCUAACAAACUUUGCUCAGCUUCGAUGCUGAAGAAGAAGGUGAAGUUUUCCAAGUGAAGAAGUCUUCCCACAGUAAAAAAGUGUUACGUAUGUUCGAGAAAGAAAAGAAGAAGAAAGAAGCCAAGAAGGAAGAGAAGGAGGACCAAAAGCUAAAGACAAACAGAGAUUGUCACUGAUGACUUGGUGCUUGUGGUGAAUGAGAAUCAUAAAAAACCGAACACUCCUCCCACAAUUUUGAGUGGGAGAGAUGCUUUAUGUGCAGGCAAGAUGAUUUAUCAUCAGAUGAGGAUGAGGAACCAGCUCACCGUUUUUCUAAACCAGACAACUUUAAAAAGGUGCUCGAGUCAGGUGCUAUUCCUGAUGCUGCUAUGAUUCAUGCAGCAAGAAAGAGAAGACAAAGGGCUAGAGAAUUGGGAGAUUUUAUACCUACAGAAGAAGAUGACCAACAACCUGAGGAUAAGGGACGAUUAUUAAGAGAAGAUGAUAAUGAGGGAAGUGAUGAUGAGAGAAUAGACAUGGAGGUUAAUUUAGCUUUGAGAGACCAGGAAAGAAGAAGGGAACAGUUUUUGGCAGCUCAAGAAUCAGAACAAGAGCUAGAUGAAUGGGAAGAUCAGCAAAUCAGGAAAGCAGUUACAGGUGCGGCAAUGGAAGCGGCCCGUGAACUCCUCUACCCCCCAGAAUGCCCGCCUGCCCCCCGUAUCAGUGCUCCUGUUCUAUCAGCUGCUACUGGUGCACCAGUAGUGGCACGCACCCCUCAGGCAAUCGCCGCCUCCCUGCGUGAACACCUGGAGGCGGCCAUGCAGCGUAGAGAUGAGCAUCAAAGAAGGUUGGAUGAAGUGGCGGUGGAGGUAGAGCGGCUGAAGAUAGAGCUAGAAGAUACGAAGGUAAAAGCGCCGGAGGCUGCUGGGAGGUUCCGGUUUUAUCAGGAGCUCAGAGGAUAUAUUACUGAUCUUGUGGAAUGUUUUGAUGAAAAAGUGGGUAUUAUUGCAAGCCUUGAACAGAGAGCCUUGGACCUGAUGGCACGGAAGUCCGAAUGGCUUAUAGAAAGAAGACGGCAAGACGUGAGGUGAGGUAACCAUCAUUAACAAAUGUUUCUGUAUUUAACCUAAGCUUUUUAAUUUGAUGGAUUUGCAUUUUCCUUUCUACCUUUUCAACGGAUGUCUACACUAGCGCUUUCUAUUCCAUCUUCAGGCGUAAGGUAGCCUUUGCUCUCGAGUAAAACUCACAGAAUAUUAUAGGCGGUUGUUCUACUCGCGAGUACCUAAUGUAAAAACUAAUAUAAUAUAACUUUAUGAUUAUCUGUUACUUAUACAUUUUUGCCCUGUUGUAAUCAUCGCAGUGUAUACGUUAGAGGAAUAAUAAUAAUCAAACCGAUGUAACGUUGACAACGCACAUAAAAUAAGGGGUAAUAACUGAUAACCAUCAGACAAUCAUUAAACGCAAUUUGGGUAAACGAUAAUCUUGUCGAGAAUAGUCGCAUACAAACAACCAGACAAAUUUAACAUCACAGGCGAUCUACUCUUUCUACAAAAAUAUUAUGGUUCCGAGAGGAAUCGUUUUUUAAACUCUCUAUCGUACGCCAUACUUUUUCUCCAGCGAAUAACAAAAAGUCUUUACCAUUAGGCGAGUUCACCAAUUGGCGAGGAAGUAUUGUAAUAAUAAAAUGUUUUUUUGGAUUAAGGGUUUUCCAUUGGGCACUGGACAACUUUCGUUUUAAAUAAAAGGCAAACCAUUUGAGAUGUCUCGAAAGUUUUAUUAUUGGAUUCAAGUAUACUCAAACAUUUAUAUAUGGAAUUCGAUCUCGUUCAUAUGUCGACCACGGGCAAAUCGAUUCGUUGAACCCAGUUUUUAAUGACUCGGCCACAUAUUUCGACAGAAACGGCUUGUUGCCAAUGAUUUAAUGUAGCCUCACAAAAAAAAGUCUUGAGGUGUUAAAUCACACGAUCUAAGCGGCCUUUCGACAGGACCAUCUCUCGAUGUAACACGUUCACCGAAUUUUGAUUUCAAUAUGUCGAUUAUUUCACCCGCUGUGUGGCUUGUGGCACCGUCCUGUUGAAACCACAUAUCAUUAAUAUCUAGCCCAUCCAAUUGACCAAAAAAUAACGUUGAA